AUGAGGCCGCCGAGUCGACACCAAGCCGCCGGGAGUGGCGUGGCGUCAAAAGUGACUCCUAAAAUGACUCCCGAUACUGACAAGAAUAAACUGACACUUACCACGACUGUGAGCAGCAGCCCCGUGAACAGCAACCCCAGGGUUACGCCCACAGCCACAACCAAGACUAUGAUGCCACCAUUACACGGAACUUCGGCAGCUCCCCGAGCCAUGGAAGGGAGCUACGAAGACCCGGACGAACGAAUCGAAUACCUGACCGAUGAAGCACACAAUACUCCAGGGCUCCCGCUGGACGCGACCCUGCAGACAAGUAUAACGCAACAACCAAAUAAAACUUACACCAACACCGAAUCACCGCGCUUGCAAGCGGUUGACCCUGCAAGCUUUAAAGACGCUACGAUCCCCUCGCCCCUUACGAACGCGAAGGCUGACACCCGGCCUCCCGGUCUAAAGGCCACCGUGCGCUCCCAGAAAACAGCCACCUCGCAGGCCACGACUACUGCAACUACCCCUGGGAUUCAGAGCUUCAAAAACCGGAGGUCAAAGAAGCUUAGACCUCCCGCCACGCCCGGACCGCGUUCGGCAACGUCAGGGGCGCCCACGAACCUGGCAACCACCCCUGGUUACGAAACUGGACAUUCUCCCGGGGUGACUCCCGUCUUUACGGAAGCCCAAAUCGAAGCAAUCAUGCGGGGCGACCUAACGGGCAUCCCCGAGGCUCGGCACGUAGAUAUCGAGGAGCGCCUGUACCCUGUCUCACCAGCCACCUGGAACGUCAGCUCGUCCGACUCAAACAAGAAAGAAAGGAUGUCACUCAGGAAGAUAUCGUCAAGGUGGUUACAAUGGCCCUUCGCCGGCCCUUGA